AGUUAUCCUGUAUUCCUGUGUUUCAAAUAAUAAUAUACCUAUUUUAUAGUUCAUGUACAUUGCUAAUUUAAAAUGACUAAGACCAAGAAAAGUAAAAAAAUUCUUAACAAACAAUUUGCUGUUAUGAAGAAGACAAUCAAACCAACAGAUACAAGAAUAAAAGAAGAAAAAAGAACCAUUAUAAAAAAAAAGAUAAAUGAAAAUAAAACUGUCUCCGUUCGUCAAGUAGCUCAAACAAGUUCAGCCUUGUUUUUCCAGUUUAACACACAGUUAGGACCACCAUAUCACAUCUUAGUAGAUACCAAUUUUAUUAGUUUUUCUAUAAAAUAUAAAAUGGAUGUGGUUCAAAAUAUGAUGGAUUGUCUAUAUGCUAAAUGUAUUCCAUAUGUAACAGAUUGUAUUGUUGGUGAAUUGGAAAAAUUAGGACAAAAGUAUAAAAUAGCAUUGAAAAUUGUUAAAGAUCCACGAUUCCAAAGAAUACAGUGUAUGCAUCCAGGCACGUAUGCUGAUGAUUGUUUAGUUCAACGAGUAACUCAGCAUAAAUGUUAUAUAGUAGCUACAUGUGAUAGGGAUUUAAAGAGGCGUAUUAGAAAAAUUCCUGGUGUGCCGCUUAUGUAUAUUGCUCAAAGAAGAUAUACCAUUGAAAGAAUGCCCGAUGCGUAUGGUGCUCCUAAAAAAUAACUUGUAAUGUAACACUUAUCAAUUAUUAAAUACAAAUUUUAAUAUUUAAGUAACUUAGUUUUUUAAUUCAAAAAAUUUUUUUAUUCAAAAUAUGUUGGCUAAUGAUAAUAAUUAUUAAUUUAACAUGAUUGUAGUGACAAAUUUUGAUUUUUUUCAAGUAAUCUCUAGGUCAUUAAUACUCUAAUAGAGCCAAGAUAGGGCAUGGAGUAUUACAUACAUAAUUUAAUAUAUUAUCAAUAAAUAAUUAUAAAAUAA